UUGCUUCAACAACAAUAAUAACACUGAAAGCUGAAUACGUUUUCCUUUUUUAUUUUGUGUCUUUUAAUUUGAAACUGUGGUUAAAGUUAAAGUUUUUAUUAGUGUUCAAGCCUUGUCUCAUAUUAAAAUCAACCGAUAAUCUCAAAGUGUAUCAAUUAAUUAGUUGAUUAAUCUUCAUCAUCAGCUUUAACUUCUCAGGUUCAUUAGCUUAAUCAACUUUUACAGAUUUCUAUACCGGUGCAUCACUGACAUCUCGCGGCUCUGAUCACAGAUACACUCCAUUUUCAUUUUACUUUGAUCUUCUCUUUCUUUUUCUCUUUCUUUUUUACUCGCCUCUCUCUCUUUCUCUCACUACUACUAUAAUCUGUCAUUUGUUUUCAUUUUUUUUGGAGGUUUACUUUAAUCAUUGAUUAAUUAGCCUAUUUAUGUGGUCAGUAAAAUAUUGGUUACUAACUUGGAAUCAAGUUAAUUUAAUGGUCCAAUUAAGGUUAUUCCAGUGAUACAGCGGCCAAGAAACACAGCCAAGGAGCAAUUGCUCGGAGCCACUGAAAAAGAUAUGACCCAUCCUAAUAUCACCAACGGUGCCAGCCUUGAAGAUUGUUACACCAAUUUUUUUGCUUUGGCCGAUCUUUGUGGGAUAAAAUGGAAAAGGUUAAUAACACCAGAGACUUGGUUACCUUCGGCAACUGGUGAUCCACUCGAUGAUCCGGUACUUAAAUCAUUCAGCAAGUGUUUAGCAGCUGAACUACUUUGUGUGUGGAGAAGAGUUGCUAAUAAUAAGUGUAACAGUGGUCAUCUAGGGUCUGCUGAUGCAUCAAUUGUUGGCGGUGGAGGUGGAGGGGGAAAUGCAAAAAGUGGUUCCGGUCAAGAUGGGCAUCCAGCUUAUAGUAAAGAAUUGUGGAUAUUUUGGUACGGAGAGGAACCUGAUGUAUCUAAAUUAUCUCCUAAUGAAUUAAUUGAAGCUGAACAAGGUUCAUGGGAAAAUGGGCUUUCUUAUGAAUGUCGAACUCUACUUUUCAAAGCUUUCCACAAUUUGAUUGAAAGAUGCCUUCUGUCUCGAGGUUUUGCUCGAAUAGGAAAAUGGUUUUUACAACCAUUUGAGUCUGAUAUACCUCCAGAUGAAGGGUCUAAUGCAAGCUUUAACCCUGACAUGGGUCCAGUUUCAUCAUCAGCUUCAACCUCAUCUAGCUCAUCAUCACCAUCAUCACCGACAACAUUACCUUCAUAUGAUAGAAGUUCUUCAAGUCAGCUUUCAUUCGCCUUUAACUUUUUUGUACAUGGAGAAAGCACAGUUUGUGCUAGUGUAGAUGUUCGAGUACUUCCGCCUGUUUUCAGAUUAGCCCGGCGUAACCUUCUGGCCGCUCAGGGAUCCUCGUGUGGCCUUAAUGUUAUACUAAGUCCGUAUGGUGUGGCUGGUAUUGUAACGGGACAAACUUUCAAAGAUUCUGACCAAUCAGUACAGAGACUUUUACAAGAAUGGGAAAAGUUUUAUCCUUUAAACCUUCAAAGUUCUAAGUCUGGACAAAGUAUUAAUGGAAAUAACAGCAAUGGCAGCAGUUCCAACAACCGACAAGCACCUAUCAAUGUUACACCUCCUUUUUAUGUUGAUUGUUAUGACGAUGUUUCUGUUGGCGUUAUAAAUGAUCCUAUUUCAUCUGCAUCUUCGUUAUCAUUGCCAUCAGUUGUUGAAGUCAGUGUUGCUGGUAUCAAAAUGAAGUAUCCAUCCUCUUAUAUUUAUAUUGUUCCUGAAAAUUAUGCUAAAAAGACCGAUGACAAUAGUGUUAAGAGCACCUCAAGAGAUGCCAAGUUUUCUCAACAGCAACAGUCACAACAAACACAACAACCAACACCAAAACCAACUCAAUCACAACAACAACAGACACAACAGCAAACAAGCAAUCCAACAGUAAACUUAUUGACUCCACCGAAUACACCACCAGAACUACAUCAAUCUUAUUUAGCAAUCAAUACAAAUCGUGUACGUUCACAAAUUUUAUCGCCUAUCCAGCCUCAAAUACCCUCAUCAACUUGCCGUAUUAGGAAUAAUGCCUUUCAAGAGAUGAAUAUGUCUCAUCAAUCAAGUAAACCAGUUGAACAAAAUUCAACCUCAUCAUCAACUAUUGCAGCAUCAUCGUCACCCACAACAUCUCCAUCUUCACUUUCCACAACCACUGCAACUGUAACAAUAUCAACUGCUAGUACUACAGCAUCAUCACCAUCCAUUUCAUCGGCGAAUCCGACAUCAACUCCCAAUUCAAAUUUAGGAGUGACAGGAGUUUCUGGCACUUCAACACCAACCCCAAUAUCAAGUUUAACAUCUUCAUCGACAACAAUACCAACAUCAGCAACCACAACAAAUACAUCAAAUGGCAUAACAGUCGGUGGUAGCUCUGCUACUACAACCCUUGUAUCUGGCAAAGUUACUCCAAAUACGAGUAAUCCUACUCUUCCAUCCUCAGCUCUUUCAUCGACGAGUCCAGUUACAGCCUUAGGAGAUGAUCUUGUUGCUGCUCUCGCUAAAUGGGAUUUCUGUGAUCCUUCAGCAAAAGUACCUUGUUCUUGUCAUCGUUGUAAAACAAAAAAAUCUAACAAUCAAACCUCAGUCAACUCAAAAUCUCUGAAUAAUACAUCAUCAUUCUACGGUUCUUCUGGAAGUGGGACAAACAAAAAAUUUGACAAAAAUGAUAAAGAAAGACAAAAUCAAAAAUCUACGAACAAAAGUGUCAAUCCUUUCCAUCGUCGACCAAUGUUUUUUGAAGAACUCGAUAUUUCUACAGUCCAAGAAAAUUGUAACAACAAUAAUAACUCGUCCAGCGGUGAAAAAUCAUCAUCCUUGGGAAAUAAUGCAACAAUUACACAACCUCCAUCAGUUCAACAACCCAAAACACCUAGUUAUUUAUACAAAUCUCCCGGUAUGAGUGGUUUGCCAUCAAUACAAUCAAAUGCAACAACUCCAGGAGGUACCGCCAUAGAUUCGCCACGUUCAUGUGCUCCAUUCAGUGACGGACCAGCUUCUGCUCUUCCCUUAGAUGCUAAUUUAUCUUCUAUAUCACCUCAUCCCGUUCGUGAUGAUGGGAAUAUUUACCAGCAAGACCCUUGCUCUAAUGAUCCCAAAGACACAAACAAAAACAAUAUUGAUGGUAUGUCUCCUCAUCCAGGGUCCGUUAAAGGCGCUGGAACAGGGACAGGGUCUCCAGCUGUUAGUAGUGCAAAUCCUAGGACGCCGAUGAAUGGUGGACAGCAAGCAAAAACAAAUGAUAGUGAUACAAAUCUCCAACAAAAUGUACCGCAAAAUUCAUCUGAUAAACAAGAGACUGGAGCAAAUGGUCCAAAUUCUCUCAAAAGACCAAUGCUUCCUGGCGAUAUGAACGAGAAUGAUAUUGGUCAGUGCAAAAAGUUGCUCUAUGAUUUUAGCGUUGUUGAUACCGUUACAAAUAUCUGGGAUAUACCGACGCCAAAGAAUCGUAGAGUAAUUAAAGGAUUAAAUCGACCUGAAAUACUUAGAGAUAUUAAUGAUCAUUUAUUAGAUAUGAGUUGCCUAAAGCCAAGAGAUCCUUAUGAAUUUAAUGAUGAAGAAUUUUCCGAUUUUAAAGUUGAACCGACUGAAGAAGAAGUUAGAGUUGAAUGUUCUAGUGAUAUAACAACUCGACCCGCGGAAGUAAUUGCACCAUCAGCAGUCCAACUUUCUUCUGCUAAUCAAGAAGAUCAAAUUGUAUCCAAAGAGGGGCCAAAGAGUAAUGCUCCAGCUGGAGUGGAAGAUUCGUCCAUUGCAUCUCCUAAAACCCAGAAAAAGUUCACACGAGAAGAGGAGUUGAAAGUUAGUUAUGAUGAUUUGAAUUACCUUUUUAGUUCAUCAUCGGAUGAAGAAAGUAGCAGUGAAUUUUCAACACCAAAUGCUCCAAAAGUAAACAAAUCUCAAAUCGGUAUUCCUCAAAUCAACGGUAAUACCAAUUUGUUGUCAGGAUUAGAGGAUGUUUCAAAAACAAACAAUCGAAGCAAUUCAUCAACUCUAGCUGAAUUGACAAUGAUCUUUCCAACCCCACCAUCAAUGGAGAUCAACACUGCACCUUCACCAUGCAACACUCUUGGAGGUAUUGAUAUGACACUUAUUGACGACAAUGCCCGUGAAAAACUGGACGCAUAUCCAAAUAGUCCAACAAGCCUUGACAGUGCAAAAGACUGGUCUUAUGUUUAUAAACCACCUAUUCAGUGUAAAUUUUUAACUUCUUCCAAAUAUGCCCCGUUAACCGAUGUCGCAAGUCUUACUCAAUACAAACCUCGACCAGACUGUGUAUAUAAACAACAAGAGCCUUCAUUGCCUUUUCAAACUGUUAAAAGUCAAUCUAAAACUCAACAUCAUCCUUCACAACAAAAUCAACAGCAACCUCAUCCAUCUCAUUCUCAUCAUCAUUAUCAACAACCAAAUCAUUUAUACUCGGAUAAACAUGCACAUCAUCCAUCUCAACAAAAUCCAUCUUUAUCACAUCAUGGACCAUCCACUGGACUGAUAUCUCCAUCUCAAUCCAACCAAACAAAUAGAUCUUCUGGUUACUUACAUCAGUUCGGCAAUAGCCAGCAACAAAAUGCAAUGGUGCAGCCUCAUCAUACACAUCCUGGAAUGAUCCCUUCUUCUCACCAAAUGAAUUCUCAUUAUUCAUCACAACAAAGUCCACAUCAUCAUAUUAAUCAUCAUCCUGGACAGAAUCAAAACAUGAUUUUGAAUCGUUCCGGUCCAUUUUCAUCCAACUCUCAAGUGCAUCAAAACCCUCCAAUCAUGGGAUCUGGUGUCAGAAUGAUGAGACCCACCAAUAAUAUACGAGGAAAUUAUCCGCCGAACCAUCAAGUUCCACCUUUCAUCCAAGGUCACCAACAAGCACCCAACAUGUAUAUGAACCCUCAAUUCCCCAAUUCCUAUGGUCCAGGCGAUAGAAUGAUAUCACCAGGUCAUCCUUGUUUUUCACCUAUCAUGGACAGCAAUGGACCUCAAACACCUUUUGCAAAUGUUAAUCAUCCUCCAUACCAUCAUCAAAUACCUGGAAAUAAUUCCUCUCAUCCUGGUCAUCAUCCACCAUCUUCCAUUGGUAACAUUUCUGGUCCAUUAGGAUCGCUUCCUUACGAUGUUCAUUCCCAUCAAGCUCCUUUAAUAUCAGGGAGGCCGCCUUUACCUGCCACAAGUCCAGCCUUACCGACAAUUCCAGAUGCUCAUUGCUUAUUGAUCAAUCUAGUUUUAUCCGAUUCUAUGCUUAACUUAUUUAAAGAUCAUAAUUUUGAAAGUUGUACCUUAUGCGCCUGUAAUGGUAACAUCAAAGGAUCAGAUGUCGGAAUUUACUUACCUGAAUCCCUUGUUCCUAGUGACUCAGAUGAACCUCAAUAUAAGUGUACUUGUGGUUUUAGUGCUGUUGCCAAUCGUCAUCGAAGCUAUUUUGCUGGGCUGUUUUAUGAAGAUGAAAUUGAGAUUACUGGUGUUGUAUAUGAUCCUCUUGAGAGAUUAGAGAAGAAACCAAUGAUCAAAAGUGAGAUUUCAAUAAAGCAAGAACAAAAUAUCGAUGGUAAAGAAAUGGUUACCCCAAGUACAAAUCUAUAUGAGAACGAUCAAUUAGACGCCAGCUUAGUGAACCUUUUAAGGAGUCAAUGCUCAACUUUAUUUUCAUCUAGUUCCUUACUAGCCAAAGCAGCUAUAUUUGAAUCAUUACGAAACAAAGAUGAUUCCGAUAUGGUCAACAUUAAUUCAUCAAUAUCCAUCCCAGUUCUAUUAAAUUCCAUGAAAGUGGUCACAAAGAAAGCUUUCCUUCUCCGUUCAAAUGCAUUACAGAGGUCUGAUGGUUGUGAGAUUGCUUACACAGCUUUAGUUGCACCCAAGCAAGUCAUGAAUGGUCAACUUUCAAAAAUGGCUCUUCAACAACUUAAUACACCUGAGAGAUUAAAUCGGAAAGCAUCAUGUUUACACGAAUGGUCUUUCAAUAAUGGUUCAACAGCACCAAAUAAUCUGGAUGUUGUAAGAUUGCUGAGAAACCUAACUCCUUUACUUCAAAAAUCUGUUACAAAGAAACCUCAAGCUAUGUGGGAAGUUACUUAUACCGUUUCUGGUCCCUUAACGUGGAGACAAUUCCAUCGUUUAGCUGGACGAUCUGAAGAUCAAUGCGAACCUCAACCUAUUCCAUCCUUAUUGGUCGGACAUGAUAAUGAUUGGGUUGCUUUAUCUCCUUUUGCUCUUAAAUACUGGGAAAAAUUAAUGUUAGAACCUUACUCAGUGACACGAGAUGUUGCUUAUCUUGUGUUAGCACCCGAUGAUACUUAUGUUUUAUCUCGAGUUAAAACCUACUUCAAAGAGUUAAGUACAACUUAUGAAAUGUUGCGACUUGGUCGACAUUGUCCAAUAGCCAAGGUAAUGAGAGACGGUAUUAUGCGAGUUGGAAAAACGGUGGCGAAAAAUAUUGCAAAUGAACCUAUUGAUGAUUGGUUUAAUCAGAUUGGCGAUGGAAGUGUGGCGUCAAAAAUCAAACUUUAUGCACGCGCUUGUCGAUAUUAUGUUGCUCCUUACUUGAGUUCGCAGACUUUGGACAAAUCAUUAUUUGACAAUUCUUCUCCCAAACCAGAUUUUAAUUCUAACUUGAACAAUGCUAAUCGAGUUCCAACAGCUUCACCACAUCAUCCACCCGACUUAAGUAAUACGAAUGAUUCUAAGAUGAAUGAUGAAAUGAAUGAAGGGGCAAGUCAAGGAUCUGGUUACACAGCUUCACAUCUUCAAGAUACUUCCGAGCUAGAUGAUGAUCCAAAUAAACAACCAGUCAUUGUAAUUUAUAUUGUUGAGCCUUUCACAUUUGCCAAUAUGGAUGAAGAAGUUUACCGCCUUUCCUGCCUUGGACUACUUAGAUGCUAUGCACAAAUGUUAAACUUUUUACCAGAACAUCUUCAUAACAGCAUCAAUCUCCAACUAGUAUCUCUAGACUCUAUUCUUGGUGUUGGAGAAGAUUUUAGAGGGUCCAAACGUCAAGAUCAACUGAAAGCUUUAGCAUUCUCCGUAUUUAAUCAAUGUCGAAAAGUUCUCAUUCAUCAUUCUGUGUCCAAAUCGUUAACCGGCUUUGGUCCAGCUGCUUCUUUAGACGUUUUUCUCAAAUCUAAGGAUCCAAACCUGUCGAUUACUCGCGUUUAUACUCCUCCUUACAUUUUGGCUCCUCUCAAAGAUAAACAAACUGAGCUUGGUGAAAUGUUUGGUGAUGGGAGGGAAAAAUCUCAAAUCUUGUAUUGUGCUUAUUGUCUCACUGAAGAUCAAAAAUGGUUAGUUGUGACUUGCUCAAAUGACAAAGGUGAUCUUCUCGAAUCUACAUUGAUCAACAUCGAAAUUCCCAAUCGAACUAGAAGAAAGAAAGCAUCUGCCAAAAAAUUUGGUCUGCUUAAAAUAUUAGAGUUUAUUUUCUCAGUUAUGACUGAAACAGUUCAACCUUGGAGAUUAGUGAUUGGUCGACUUGGACGAGUUGGACAUGGAGAGUUAAGAGAGUGGAAUUCAUUGCUCAGUAAAAAAUCACUUCAACGUUAUAGCCGCUUAUUACGCGAUAAAUGUCGCCAAUGCUCAAUGAUGACUCCUUAUGAGAUACCUUCUAUUCUUUCAGCUUGUUUGGUAUCUUUAGAGGCUGACACUGCGCUUAGAGUUUUUCCUGAUCAUUUUACACCAGAUGAUAAAUAUAACAGUUCAUCUAGUACUUGUCACCUCAGCACUCCUGAAGAAGCAUCUUGUACUCAUAUUCUGGUCUUUCCAACUUCUGCUGCCUCUUCAUCAUCUCAAGCUGGUUUCGGCAUAGGUGAUGGAGGCAUCGGCGGUAUCAAUGAAGAUGAUCUUCUACAAGCUUUAGGUGCAGAUGGAGGAACAGAGGAUCUUCCUGUCGACGAUGAGCUUGAUCUUUUCCAAUGGACUGAAAGUCCGACGGGUAGUCCAGGAUCAAGAGAUCAGGGCCUAAACCAUUCAGAUGAUCCAAGACAAUCUGGCUUUGAUAUGAAUAUGAAGAGUUCUUUUGGAGGCGAUCUUGGUGAUGAUCCAACCAAUUUGCUGCAACAGCCAUUAGCGUUAGGUUAUUACGUGUCAACUGCGCAAACCGGUCCUUUACCGAAAUGGUUCUGGUCUUCAUGUCCCCAUUUAGCUGAUAUGAAUCCUGCUUUCUUAAAAUCGGCAUUACUUAUCCACACACCAUCUGUGCAACAAAACAAUGAUGACUUUUGUAUGAACAACAGAAAUUGUCAUCCACUUGAUUCUAAUCUGACUACAGAUGUAUUAAGGUACGUUCUUGAAGGAUACAAUUCACUUUCAUGGAUUUCUCUAGACCCAGCCACUCAUGAUCGACUAUCAUGUUUACCAAUUCAUAUUCAAAUCUUAAUGCAGCUUUAUCACACGGUCCAAGCAUUGGUGUAACAAUAAGCCAAGGCUAUCUUCACUUUCUUUUUCUGGUCCCAUUUGUCUGCUUUUUUUG